AUGUUUUCAAAUAAAAUUCCAUUUAUAGAAUAUUUUUUUNACUCUAUAUUAGAAUUUGCUUAAUCUAAAUAAAAAUCAUAGAUUAAUCAAUUCAAUGAAGACAAGUUUAAAUAACUUAUUGAUAAAAUCAUGGAAUUCAAGUAUUUUUUACUAUAUUUUACUUAGUGCUCUUUAUACAAAACAAAGGGAAAGUAGAUUAAAAUUAAAGAAGAAAAAUCAUAAGAAAAGAAAAAGUAGAAUUGAAGAUGAUGAUGACGAUGAUGAUUAUACUAGUGAUUAUAAAUACGAAGAAGUAAGUAAUUAUGUCCCCUUAAAGAGAUCUUCUAGACUCAAUGCAAAAAAGAAAGUGGUAUCAUUUUUUUUUAAUUUAGCAUAUCGAUAAAGAAGAUUACCUUGAUAUAUGUAUCAGAACCAAAAAAGGACCCUUAUUCAAUAUCAUUAGAGAUGAAUUUGAAAUCUAAUAGGAUAAUGAAGAAGUAAAGACUAAUUUUUAAUUAUUUACUAGUAAUAAUCUUCAAACAAUUAUAAUUAAUAAUACAUCUAUGAUUAUUAAGGAAAUAAUAGUCCUAAUAAUCAUUAAAUGACACCUGCCUUCCCUGUAUUAACUCCUAGAUAAAUAUUCUUCUAAAAACCUAUCAAUCAAUAUUAAGAAGAAUAAGGACUCCAAGAUGACAAUGUCUUAAGCAAAUCUAAUUUUGUCCCUAUAGUUAUUACAAAACCUUUCAAUCAAUGUAGAGAAAAAGCACUAGAUACUAUUGCUUAGUAAUUACAACAAAGAAUUAGUAAAAUUUUAUAUUAAUUCUAGAUGCCAAUGCUGAUAAAUAUAUUUACAAUCAAUAAGCUACUUAAGAUUCAGAUUUGGAAAUCAAUAUUGGAGAUCCAUUUGAAAUCUAAAAGGACUACAAAUCACCAACCAGUAAAUUUGGUAUUGGUGGCUAUAGUCCAAGUGCUUUUAGAAAGUAUAAAAAAGAUCAGGAAACUGGUUUAGUUAACUUCAUGGUUACACCUCAUAAUUACAAAUGA